UCACUCUCUCUCUCUCUCUCUCUUUCUCUCUCUCUCUCUCUCUCUCUCUCUCUGUUCUCUGUGAAUAGGAGGGGAGAUGCUGGAUUCAGGAGAAGGUCCGCCAUUAUCGGGAAGCUGAAAAAAAAAUAGACUUAAACACACCGUCACACAUUUAGCCUGUACGGGGCUUAACAUUAGAAAGGAAAAUACAACGCUUUCUCUGUAGCUGUUGUGCACUGAAAACGGCGCUUUGGUGAAUGAAGGCAGAGCGUUACGGUCGCGUUUGCUACGGACUCUUUUUUUUUUUUUAUUUUUGACACAACAAAGGAAAUAAUAAUUGGUCAAAACAACGUGGUGGUGAACCAAGAAAGGAAAAACACACCGAAACAGAGCUUUCCAACGCCUCCCCCUUUUUUCUCCUCGCAAGACGUUUCCAGUCGUGGUGAGAAGAGAGUUUGAACAGCAUUUUCUCCUUUCCUGAGGAGAAUUUAGUUGUUUUUUACCCUUCUCAGACACACACACACACACAUAGAGAGAUAUGGAUCUCGUUUCUGAAAACUUCAGACUGAUGAAAAUCAGCAGUUAAACAUGGGAAGCAAUACAGAUAGCCUGUUUGCUUAGAGAAAAAGAAAGAAGCGGAAAAUAGUCGAUGUGAGUGCUCGCGGGGAGUGUUUUUUUGUCUGUUUUUUAAAAAGUCUCACCGGCUGUGAGUCGCAGAGGACCAGAGAUAGAAAGAAAGGAGUGGAUCUGGAGAGAGGGAUGAAUGCUAUGGGCCAGACCCCAGUCCAGUGAGCUCCUCUUGCAUGGAAAGCCUCCUUCUUUGGCAGCCUUCUCCUCUCCCUAGAGCUUGUGGCCAGCAUGGCAGGAUGAGCCUCUGCCAGCGAUGAUGAUGGCCAAAAAGCAAGAUGUCCGGGCACCCACCUACAACCUGGUCGUGGUUGGGCUGUCCGGCACGGAGAAGGAGAAGGGCCAGUGUGGUGUGGGCAAGUCCUGUCUGUGUAACCGCUUUGUCCGGCCAAGUGCAGAUGACUUCUACCUAGACCACACCUCCGUUCUCAGCACCAGUGACUUUGGAGGCCGCGUGGUGAACAAUGACCACUUCCUGUUCUGGGGAGAGGCCGGGCGGACGAUGGAGGAGGGGCCAGAGUGCCGUAUGAAUGUGGUGGAGCAGACAGAAUUCAUUGAUGACCAGACGUUCCAGCCACACCGAAGCACGGCACUACAGCCUUACAUCAAGAGGGCAGCUUCCACCAAGCUGGCCUCGGCUGAGAAGUUGAUGUACUUUUGCACAGAUCAGUUGGGGCUGGAGCAGGACUUUGAGCAGAAACAGAUGCCUGAGGGCAAGCUUAUGGUGGAUGGCUUCUUACUCUGUGUGGAUGUUAGCAGGGGUAUGAACCGUAGCUUUGAGGACCAGAUGAAGUUUGUCACCAACCUGUACAACCAGCUAGCCAAAACGAAGAAACCUGUGGUACUGGUUCUCACCAAAUGUGAUGAAGGAGUUGAGCGCUAUAUUAAAGACUCACACACCUUUGCCCUAGCCAAGAAGAACCUACAGGUGGUUGAAACAUCAGCACGCUCAAAUGUCAAUGUUGACCUAGCCUUUCUUACACUGGUUCAGCUAAUAGACAAGGGUAGGGGAAAGCCCAAAAUUAUCCCUUACUUUGAGGCACUGAAACAGCAGAGUCAACAGAUUGCCUCCGCCAAAGACCGCUACGAGUGGCUGGUCAACCGAAUUGUGAAGAACCACAAUGAGACAUGGCCCACUGUCAGUCGCCGCAUGCAGUCAGCCCCUGAGUACAAGGACUAUGUUUUCCUUGAGGGGACUGCUAAAGCCAAGAAGCUCUUCCAGCAGCAUGUGCAUAGACUUAAGCAAGAGCAUAUAGAGAAACGUAGGAAGGCCUAUCUAACUACUCUGCCACAGGCUCUGUCUGUGCUGAUACCAGAGUUGGAUGAGAUAGACCACCUGAGCUGGUCUGGAGUUCAGAAAGUCCUGGAGACAAAGAGAGAUUUCUCCCAGUGGUUUGUAGUGUUAGAUGACACCCCUUGGGAGACCACACCACACAUUGAUAACAUGGAGGAUGAUCGAAUCCCCCAGGACCUCCUGGAGACCCCUGCAGCUGAAACUAUCUAUGAGACCCACCUGGAGCAGCUAAGGACUGAGCGCAAACGGGCUGAGAUGAGAUGGGAGUUCAAGGAGAAGCUAAGUGUCUCUCCAUUCAUCACACCAGGAAAACCCUGGGAGGAGGCCCGAAGCUUCAUCAUGAAUGAAGAUUUCUACCAGUGGCUGGAUGAGUCUGAAUAUCUAGAUAUCUACAACAAACAUCAGAAGGAAAUCAUUGACCGAGCCAAAGAGGACUUUCAAGAACUGCUUCUUGAAUACUCUGAGCUCUUUUAUGAGCUGGAAGUGGAUGCAAAGCCAAGUAAAGAGAAAAUGGGAGCCAUUCAGGAGGUGUUGGGUGAGGAGCAAAGGUUUAAAGCACUGCAGAAGCUUCAGGCAGAAAGGGAUGCUCUGGUAUUGAAACAUAUCCACUUUGUCUACCACCCUACAAAGGACACCUGUCCCAACAGCCCCCAUUGUGUGGACAGUAAGAUAGAGCAGAUACUGGCCUCCAGAUUCCCUACCCGCUACCCGUCAUCAGACAGUUCAAGACUGGAUGGGGGGAGGGCUGAACGGAUAAAUCUUGUCAUCUUAGGGAAAGAUGGGCUAGCCAGAGAGAUGGCAAAUGAGAUAAGGGCCUUGUGCAGCAGUGAUGACCGGUACGUGUUAGAUGGCAAGAUGUAUGAAUUAGCCCUGCGUCCCAUUGAGGGCAACGUACGUCUGCCAGUCAAUUCCUUCCACACACCAACCUUUACACCUCACGGUUGCCUGUGUUUGUACAACUCAAAGGAAUCCCUCUCCUAUGUUGUGGAGAGCAUAGAGAAGCUUAGGGAGUCAACCAUAAGUAGAAGGGAAAGGGAAAACAGCUUAGCCCACCUCCCACUGUCCCUCCUUCUGGUCACCAAGCGGGGGGUGGGGUCCAUAGGGGAUAUUGGGGGGGAGACAGCUCAGACUCUUAUCCAACAAGGGCAGCAGGUGGCUGGAAAGCUUCAGUGUGCCUACCUAGACCCUGCCUCCCCGGGUAUGGGCUAUGGGCGCAAUGUCAAUGAGAAGCAGAUCAACCAGAUGCUGAAGGGCCUCUUAGAAUCAAGGAGAAGCAUAGGGAGCAGCUCUCCUCCCUUACCCCCUCCAUCCUCUACCUUCAGAGACCCUCAGUCACAGCCAAUGCUAGAGGCAGACCUGAGGAUAGUCAUGUGCCUAAUGUGUGGAGACACGUAUGACCUAGACCAGCUCCUUGCUCCCUUCCUGUUCCCCCAGCAUUGUCGUCCAGCCUCAAGCCUCAGCAGUGGCACCUCCGUUCUGCUGGAUCUCAGUGUAGGAGGACAGAGGCAGAAUAUUGAGUUGUCUUUGCUCUCCUUCCAUUCCUCAUUCUCCCUCCGCAAAACCAGGCUGGUCCACGGCUACAUUGCAGUUUACUCUGCUCGCCGUAAGGCCUCUAUGGAGACAUUAUGUGCUUUCCUUUGUGAGGUCCAAGACAUCAUCCCAGUCCAGUUGCUAGCAGUAGGGGAGAGCCAGAUGGAGCUGUCAGACUCUGAAUCAGCUAAGGAGCAGAUCAGUCAGGGAGAGGAACUGGCCCAUGAAAUAGAGGCCAGGUUUAACACAGUAAUAUGUGGACAUGGUGGGGUAGUAGGGGGGCUUCAUAAGAUAGAUCUUUUCCAACACUUUCUCAAAGAGGUUGUGGAGAAGCGUACUAUUGUUGAGGCUACACACAUGUAUGACAAUGUGGCUGAAGCAUGUACCAAUGAGAGCAUCAGUCCUCGCUGUGGCUCUCCCAGUCCAGUUAACAUUCUUAUGGACUCAGAGGAUGAUAUCGACCCAUCACCACCUUAUCCAACCCUGAGAGAGGAUGGUAGUCUCAGCUCCCACCUUGGAAGCCUAAAGCUGACAGAUCUGGAUUCAAGUGAUACAUUUUCUGUCAUUUCUGAGCUCAGCACUUUUGAGAGCAAGCUGAACAACAAGGUUCCCCCACAAGUUAGGCCCAAACCUGUCCGUAAGGUCAACCUUGGCCCCUACAUGGACCAGCAGGGUGGCACCAACCGCCGCUCCUUGCCCCAAGCUGUCACCUGGGCUCCAGGUAGCGAUGGUGGCUAUGACCCCUCAGACUAUGCGGAGCCAAUGGAUGCUGUGAGCAAACCUCGACCUACAGAAGAGGAGAAUAUUUACUCUGUCCCUCAUGACAGCACACAGGGCAAGAUCAUCACCAUCCGCAACGCCAACAAAGGUCACUCCAAUGGGAGUGCUGGGGGGAAUGGGUCUGACAGUGAGGCUGAUAGCAGCUCACUGGAGCGCAGGAGAAAGCUGUCAGCCAUUGGGGUAAAGCCGAAGCUUUACAGAGACAGAUCCAAACGGCUCGGCAAGUUCAGCAGUUUUAGGACGAGCUUCUCAAUAGGCAGUGAUGAUGAGAUGGGAGGUCCACCCAAGGCUAGCCAGGAUGAGGGAGGAGCCCAAAAGGACAACUCCAUUGAGGAGAGUGAGGACCCCAAAAGAAGAAAUAUCCUCAAGAGCCUGCGCAGGAAUACAAAGAAACCGCGACCCAAACCCAGACAUUCCAUCUCAAAACCCAUUGAAAGCAACUACUUUGGUAUGCCGUUGAUCACCGUGGUCACUCCUGAGAGGCCAAUCCCCGUCUUUAUUGAGAAGUGCAUCCGUUUCAUUGAAACGACAGGUUUGAGCACAGAGGGCAUCUACAGGGUCAGCGGGAACAAGGCAGAGAUGGAGAGCAUGCAGCGGCAAUUUGACCAAGAUCACAACCUGGACCUUGUGGAGAAAGACUUCACCAUUAACACAGUUGCAGGAGCGAUGAAGGCCUUCUUCUCUGAGCUACCUGAGCCUCUGGUACCCUACAGCAUGCAGGGAGAGCUGGUGGAGGCCUUCAAGAUCAACGAUAGGGAGCAGCGCUUCCAGACGAUGAAGGACAUUCUGCGCCGCUUCCCCAAGGAGAAUUAUGAGGUCUUCAAAUAUGUCAUCAGCCACUUGAACAAGGUGAGUCAAAACAACAAGCUGAACCUGAUGACCAGCGAGAAUCUGUCCAUCUGUUUCUGGCCCACACUGAUGAGACCAGACUUCACCACCAUGGACGCCCUGACUGCUACCCGCACCUACCAGACAAUCAUCGAGAGCUUCAUCCACCAGUGCGCGUACUUCUUCUACAAUCAGCCACUGGCUGACGGCCUCCCUGGCUCCCCCACCUCCACGCUCUCCUCUGGCGGAGGAACCUCAGCCUACUCCUGCAUGGCUGGAGGCUACUCAUCCUCACCAACUCCGUCCCCCACUCCCUACGUCCUCCCUGCCACCCCUCCUGUCAUUCCGCACUAUGGCCCUCCUAUCCACCACCAUCACCACCAUCACCAUCAACAUCAGUCCCCACCCCACUCCCCACCUCCUACUCCCCAGUCACCAAUCCCUGCCCUGCUGCCACCCUCCCUGCACCCCCAUCACCCUCCCACGGAACAACACACGCUGUGAACCAGGGAUCAAGGGAAAGAGAAGGAAAAAAAAACAAACAAAGAAGACGGAUAACAAGAUAUAGAGAGAUUUAAGGGGUUCAGAAAAAGAGAUUUUGAAGUUUGGGAAGGAACUGAAAAAGAUUAAUUGAAACUAGAACAGGAGGUAGGAAGAGAAGUUGGGAGAGAUUGAGUGAGAUGCAGUAUGUACAGGGAGAAACCUACAUGUUUGGGAGAAGGGGGGCGCAUCAAACACACACAAGGCAGAAAAGGGGAACACUGAAGAGCCUUUGAACUGGCAGUAUGAUCUUUCUCCCUCCUUGCCACUUUACCCCACUGUUUCUCAGUCUCACUUCAUCUAGACCUGCCCUCCUUGCCUUAUAGAGAACCUCUACACAAACACACAAAUGAAGAGUGAAUUGUUGCCAGUAACUGUUAAAGGGACUCAGGGAGGGACUCAGAAGUGAAGUGCACGGGGAACCCACAAACAAACACACACUUUACACAAACAUCCAGUGGCCAGUGUGCCUCCGACAACCAUUCUCCUCAAUCCCUCAGCCUCUCUAACUCUGCUGGGAAUUUAGGUGGGGUGGUGCACGUUUCUCGCAAACCGACCUACCUAACUGUACCUACCUGGAGGCUGCGGCUGGGGCAAAGUGGAGCAGAGUCCUGAACACGUGUUUGUUUAUUUUACCACCAUACCAGAGGACUUAAGCAAGAAACAUGUGUUACUACUCAACUGACAGGAUGUUCUGUCCUCCACGACUCACAUAUUCCUGUCUAUCAACCCCUCACACGGCUACACACACACACGCAGACAAAACAGUUUCAGUCGAAGCAGUAUGCCAAGCACAGAAAAAAAAAAAAAAACCCAACCAACCGGAUCUGCUGAGCAGCAGAUUGGGGCAAAGGAUUAUGGGUGUUCUCACACCCUUGGCAUUCUGGGAAGGCACCUCCCAAUCUCCUGUUGGCUCUCUCUCGCUCUCUCUCGGUAUGAACUUCAACCUCAUGUCCUGUCCUUGUAAACACAUGAAGAAACUGCUUAAAAAGUGGAUUUUUAAAUCUUGAUUCUACACUCAGAUCCCCAGUUUCACUUUCCCGAUGUGUUUUUUUUUUUUAUUAUGUCAUCCUCUUAUGCACAGAGAAACCCAGGCCUGUCAGUCAGUGAGUGGCCUUGUGUGUAAGUGUUUGUGUGGCUGGCUAUCUUGUCUGUGUGCGCAUGUAUCCAUGCCGUUUUGUUUUACCUGAAUUUCCCUGUAUUAGGCAGAUAGUGGAAUAAUUCCAGUGUUGGACCUUCACCUGUCAUGUUGCUUCUUUCACGCUGUGGUGGUUUUACAAGCGAGUCAGCGCUGCAGUUUUCAUAGUAAGGACCUUGUUCAUAAAGCACUUUUCUGAGCACUUUGAAGGCACAUUUUAAAUUGGAGCUGCCAUGACGCGACAGCCACCGUUCACUUUAUUGUCAGUCCACCCUACUCACUCUCUCUCUCUCCCUCUCUCUCUCUUUCUCUCUCUCUCUCCCUCUCUCUGUCUCUCUCUCUCUCUCUGGGAGCACACCACUGACAUCUAGAGGAAGUAAUGGGUAUGACAGCCAUAACCUCGCUUCAACCACUGCAUGGGCGUAGCACCAUUUUCCUACUGUGGUUUUUGUAGCGUCAGCUUCUCUUAUAGGUGCAAUUGUCAAGAUUUAUCUUCAUUGUAUGUCUGGUAAAAUUAUAUUGAGAGCUCAUGAAGUGUACAUAAAACAGCAGCACACAGUUUUUAAAUUUGGUACAAAUCAAUUGAGAUUAUAUACAGCACCAGUCAAAAGUUUGCACACACCUUCCCAUUCAGUUGAAUCAGAAAUUGUGUCCAAACUUUUGACUGCUGCUGUAGAUCCAGGCUCUGUUGCCUCAAAGCAUGUGGCCUCAUUGCAGUUGAUUAGACAUGUGGUGAAUGAAAUUGCUUUUCUGUUUUCUACUGUUAGUUUCCACUUCCCUGUGGACACAGAGGCACUCAGCUCUUUUUAAAGGAGUGCAUACUACUUCCCAUAUUUGAGUGAAAGGAAAUGAAGACUUAGGAUAGAUUGGCAAAAUGUAGCAUUACAGGCCAGAAAGAAGAGCUUGAAGCGAGACUCGAGCGUUAACAGGUGGGAGGCUUAUUGCCUGAAAUAAUCGGUAACCACUGCUCCUGGCCUCAGCACGCUGCCCUCUUAGGACACAGCAUUAUACCUCUGGAAGGAAGACUCAAAACCUGCUCUUAGUGGACUCGAAAUAUAAUUCGCAAGGGUGUAACCACUACACCAGACUGCCCCCGCUGGCACUGUUACGCCACCACAUCCCCUUGUCAUUCCCUGUCCAAGAGAGACAGUUGGGUCUGGGAGAGACAGCAGACAGAACAGACAGGCCAUUCAUCCGACUGCAUGACUGGAAUGGAGCAUCACAAAAUUCCUGGGCCCAGCCUGCUGUUACCGUAGAAACCGGCGAGAUGGGGCUUGAGGAGAAUUGCUGAGCCCUGAUCGAAGCAGCUUUUGAAAUGUGUGUGUGUGCGUCUGCGUCUCUGUGUGUGUGCAUUUCUGUGUUUGUGUGAGCUCAAGAAAGAGUGUGCAUGUGAACUUAUGUGUGUUAAUGUUAAGCAGAUGCUCACCAAGGUCACUUAUUCUGUUUGACACUGAAUUGCAUCUCUGCAUGUCUCCCCAGACUGUCCUCUCUGCCCAAAAGGAAAAAAAAAACCUUUUAACCAAUCACUGAACUCUUAAAGGAGCUUUUAUCAGUCUACACUACCUAUUUACCUUGUGCGUGGGUGUUUGUAUGUGUGUGUGUGUGUGCGAUGAUAGAUGAGGAGGAAUUAAGUAUGGGUUUGAGCUAACAUGCUAGCAUGCUGUGCUUGGCAGAUGGCCAGACACCAGCGUGAUCCAAACAAACGUGAAGGAGAGGAAUGCAGUUCUCCUCGCGGUCAUUACCCCGCUGUGUAACCCUGUUAGCUCGUCCAGAUUACACACACUGAUCCUCAGAGAAAGUGUGAGAGAGAUGAGGGAGCGAUGGGGGAGAGUGGGAGAGGGGGGAAGACGGACAGCGAGUGGGUGAAUGGGAUCAUUAUUUGGGAGAUGGAGGGAGGAAGGAGGGGGUGACCACUGGUACUUGUGUGUGAACGCCGGCCAGUGGCGUUCCCUGUGUAUAUCAAUGUGUUAAUACUGAACUGACUGUGAGGCAGCCAAAGACUGUGGAAAAAAGGGUCGAGGGAGAGAUGGGAAGCAAAGUGACAGUUUAGAAGAACAAUUGAAUUUAAAAAUGUGACUUUGGUUCAGCGAUAAUAUGUGGCUGCAUUGCUUUUCUUUUUUUUUUCUUUUUUUUGCAACAAUGGUGACAGAUGUCUGUUAAGUUAAAAUGAGAAACAAGCAAAACUAUAUUCAAAUGGUUGUUUAUUUGUAUGUUAGGGGGUCUAACACUUUGCCCUUUAGUCAGUGGUGAUAGAAAAAAAAAAAAGUUUCUUUUUAUGUUUUAUUUUAAUAAUUAAAAAAAUACAAAGCAUUUUUUUUUUUU